GAUAAGGCUAUUGAGAGAAGAGGAUAACAUAACAGCAACCAAAAAAACACAUCAGGAAAACAAUGGCGUGUGUAUCCUCUCUGUGUACAACAUUUGCAGCACAGAGUACAAUACCUUCCUUCUCUCUCCUCAAUUCUGCUCGAGCUACACGAAGCUCUCUCUCUCUAAAACAAACUGCUACUUCUGCACUGAAACCCUCAACUGCAUCAGGCCUUCUUCACUGCUCCUUCGUAUCUUCAUCACUCUCUCUCUCCUCUUCUUCAUCCGCAUUCUCCGGUUCAUCGUUGGGGUUGGACUUGAGUUCUAGGAGUGGGUUGGAAUCGGAAAAGAGGCGUGUUUUGGUGGUUAGGGCUGGGAAGAAGUUUCAGCUUGCUCAAACAAAGAGGAACAAGUCGCGAAAGUCGUUGGCACGCGUUCAUGGUUUUCGUUUGAGGAUGAAGACUACUAGUGGACGAGCGGUGUUGAAGCGUAGGAGAGCGAAGGGCCGUUGGAUUCUCUGCACUAAAUCGAACCCAAGCAGUGGAAAACGGGCUUGAUUGAGUGAGUAAGUUGCUGCUUUAGGUCAACUACAGUGGCCUAUUUUAUGCCGUUUUUUUGUAUUUGUGUAAUCCUUGUUUUACAUUUUGAUGUCAUGUCACUUGUUGAAACAUCUCUUAUGUGACCAUUUCUGUUAAGCAAUAUAUCUUCAAUAGUUGUAACUUUCGUAUAGACUUUUGUUUUAUGCAUACUGACCCCUUGAAGGUUA